GAGGCGGAAGCGGAAGCGGAAGGGAAGCAGUCAGUGGCCGCUGAAACAUGGCGUGCACAUACACACGCAGAGUCAGGAUGACAGCCGGCGCGUGUGUGUUGUCUGCGCUCAUCGCAACAUGUUUGAUGCAGCUGCCCUCACCGGCCAAACCGGGCAGUUUAAGACUAAUCACAGAUGGAGACUGGGAGGAGAUCCUGACGGGAGAAUGGAUGAUCGAGUUCUUUGCUCCGUGGUGCCCGGCCUGCCAGCAGCUCCAGCCCGUGUGGAAUGAGUUUGCAGAAUGGGGAGAUGAUUUGGGAGUGAAUAUUGCCAAAGUGGACGUCACUGAGCAGCCAGGUUUGAGCGGGAGGUUCGUUAUCACAGCUCUCCCAACGAUCUACCACUGUAAAGAUGGUGUGUUUCGGCGAUAUCAAGGAGGGCGAUCUAAAGAUGACUUCCUGAGCUUCAUUGAUGAAAAGAAAUGGCAGAGCAUAGAGCCGGUCUCUUCCUGGUUUGGCCCCUCAUCCAUCUUGAUGAACGCAAUGUCAGCCCUCUUCAAGUUAUCCAUGUUCAUCAGGCAUUGCCAUAAUUACUUAACAGAGCAGCUGGGCAUCCCAGUUUGGGGCUCGUAUGGGAUAUUUGGUCUAGCAACCCUCAUCUCAGGAUUGGUUCUUGGAUUGUUACUAGUUUUCAUUGCAGAUUUUGCUUUCCCAUCACGGCGGUAUGCACCAAAUUAUCACCACAGGAAACUGCCUGCUGGGCAGGUCCGUCUCCUGCAGCAAUUGGAAGAUGAACAGGAAGCAGAUGGAGAGGAAGAGGAUGAUGACGAUGAGUACGGUGGAAAGACUGAAGAGUGGCAGCGAGCAGACGGCGCCGAUGUGCUCCGGAGAAGAGGCGUGGGUGUGCCGGAGGAGGACACCUAGUGCACCAGACAGAAACUGCCUCUCGCUCCGAGUGCACAAAACCACCACGCAAACCACAUCGCUGCAGCAAUGCCCUGGCAGUGCUCAUUGAGCUUGAUGAUGUCAUAGCUCCCUCUGAAAGAUUGACGUGGUUGUGCUUUUCACUCUUUCUUUCCACUGGUUUGUGUGUUUUCUCUUUUCCACCUGUCAAGUUUGAAUUAUUACACUCCUUGCUAUGCAGUAUCUCUAGUGUGUGUGUGUGUGUGUGUAUGUGUGUGUCAGAGGAAUAUUAGGACUUGCUUAAAGGAAUUUCACGACUCACAGUUGCAUUAUUCCCCAUACAAAUUCUGAGCAAAAUAACCAAGAUCAAACAGCGAUUUCACUGUGAAUCUGUUGUAAAUGAGGGUUUUGGGAAUAUAAAAGCUUUUGUGCUUUUACAUUGUAAAUAUUUUAUUAAUUUAGCUUUUUUUGGACGCCUGUUAUAUAAAGCCAGUAUGUUUAAUUUGCUGUUUUAAUGUUUAUUUCUUCGAUUUCUUUUUUUUUUUUUUGGAAAAACUAAAAAACAGCUGAAUUAAUACUUGAUUAUAAAUGCUUGUAUGUGUGGUGAUUGAUUAUUAUUUGACACUGAAAGAUGCUUCACUUUUUGUCAUAAUUUGCUUUAAAUGAGUUUCACUCCACACCAUGUUUCUUUUAAAUUAUUUGGUAACACUGUAUUUCGAUUGGCCACUUUAGACAUUCUACUAAGUAACUUUGCAACUACUGUACAUGUCAUCUAAUUCUCAUUAGUGCAUUUGUAGUCUGUUAGGUUAGGGUUAGUAAAAUAAAUUGCCGUACUUGCAAAAUUGCUUCCGGUCAUUAAAACAUUUGUUGAGUGACCAUCAAAAUAUUUUGAGUUUCGGUAGAUAUUAAGCAGGCAGUCUACACUCUAAUGACUGCUAUUUGACAUGGAGUUGCAUAAUAGUAAUUUAUAGGUAGCUAAAUGUAUUAAGUGAACUAUCAAAUAUAGUGUUACCUUCUAUGUUUCAGUGGAUUUUAGGAUGUGUCUUGGUCUUCCAACUUUUUUGGAUGCAGUUUAUUUGUAUCCCUUUUAGUUCUAAUAGUUUUCUUAUUAUCAUUAUUAUAGUUUGACCCAACCUCUGACUGAUCCAUUAGAAUUAAAGAGCUUCUCAGUGUGUUCUGCUCAUUUGUCCACAGCAGAACAAAUGUAACGUGUGAAUGUCUGCAUUUACAACUCUUUCGCCUAAAGUGUGUGUGUGAGAGAGAUUGGUUUUGGAAUGUUUCUGUAUUUGAGACCGUGUGAAUCUGGACCGUUAAUAAACCGAUUAAAGCUGCA